CGGUGAGGUUGUGUCAUUGAUGGAGCUGCUUUUGGGAAAGGAGGGCUCAGGGCUUCAACAAGCACGCUAUAAAUUAGCUGGCCCCCAGCCUGGAGCCAGAGCGAGCAGCAACCUCCAGCCAAGGGUUUCCCUGCCUGGCUUGAGUCUCAGGAAGGAGCCACGCUCUGUAGAACAGCAAGCAUGAGGCGAAUGGAGCUGAGAAUGGCAGUGGUCUUUGUCCUGUUGCUGCUGUCCUGUGCUGAGGCUGCCAGUUACCGACUGCAGAAGCGUGAGGCUCAGGACUCAUUCUCUCAGAUCCAGGAAGUUGCCAAGAAUUACUGGGAGCAGCUGAAUUCAGUGGUGCAGGGCUGGCUGGACAGGGUCAGAUCCUGGGACAUCUAUGACAAAACCACGUCGGCUGCGGGGACCUACACAGACAUCCUGAAGGACCAGUUUUACCACUGGUGGCAGGGGGAGCAGUGACAAGUCUCAUGGCCAUGCCUCCAGUGAGCCACCAGCACAGAGAGCCAGCGGGGCCUGCGGGUUCAUACUUGGUCACACGCUGGCACCUUUCUGCUUACAGAGUCAAUAAAGCAAAUCCCCUUGCCCGGC